AUGGUAGAUUCCUCCGGCAAGCGACAGGUGCCACUUUACAACAUCAUAUGGAUAGAAACCGUCAAUGGUAGUCUUGUCAUUGACUACGCAGCACAGUCUUCAAAGACGUGCAUCAAGCUUGAGAAGUGGACAUUUGCGCCAGCGAAAGGCAAGGCAUCUCCGAGUAGCGCUCAGGCAGGAGAAUUUGCAGCCCGUGUUCUUGAACAGGCAUAUGGGGAUGCUCAAAUUCGGAAAAGAGCAUAUGUGCUCAUCAAUCCCCAUGCCGGCCCAGGAGGCGCUCUGCGCAAAUGGAGCAUCGAGGUCAAGCCACUUUUCGAUGCUGCCCGUAUGGAACUGGACGUCGUCACAUUGAAGAGGGGCGGAGAGGCCACAAAUCUCGCAGAACAAGUCGAUAUUGAUAAAUACGACACCAUUGUGGCCUGUUCUGGCGACGGCACUGCCCAUGAGAUCUUUAAUGGGCUUGCAAAGCGUCCUGACGCUGCCCGUGCCUUGGCCAAGAUUGCUGUCAGCCAUAUCCCUUGCGGGUCAGGCAACGCCAUGUCCUGCAACCUCUAUGGUUCAAACCGGCCUUCAUUUGCGGCAUUGGCAAUCAUUAAGGGUAUCACCACGUCCCUCGACCUCGUCUCCAUUACCCAAGGGAAUAGUCGCUUUCUGUCAUUUCUCUCCCAGUCUCUUGGGAUCGUUGCAGAGAGUGACCUUGGGACUGAACAUCUUCGCUGGAUGGGCGGUUCUAGAUUCGAGGUUGGUGUUUUGAUGAGAAUUUUUCGACGUCGUUGCUACCCAUGUGAUGUCGCUGUCAAGGUCGAAGUUGGUGAUAAAAGCGAUAUCAAAGCUCACUAUAAACGGCAUACCAAUGAUGCGAGGGCCAAACAGCCAUCUCUGGACGCUACUACGGGUCAAAACGGUAGAAUGGGCCUCCCGCAACUUAAAUACGGCACCGUUCAAGAUCAGCUCCCAGAGGAUUGGGAGCUUGUACAGUAUGAUAAAAUUGGCAACUUUUACUGCGGAAAUAUGGCCUAUAUGGCACCGGAUGCAAACUUUUUCUCCGCGGCAAUGGCCAGCGACGGUUGUAUGGACCUUGUCACAGUCAACGGAGACCUCUCUCCUAUUACAGCCACUAAGCUCUUGUAUUCAGUCGAGUCUGGGAAAUUCUUCGACAACACACACGUAAAAUAUAAGAAAAUAUCUGCGUACCGCAUCAUACCUAAGAACCAAAAAGAUGGCUUUAUUAGUAUUGAUGGCGAGCGUAUACCGUUUGAACCUUUUCAGGCCGAAAUACAUCAAGGUUUAGGAAGGGUCAUUUCCAAGAGAGGGACAUUCGAGGCGGCCGGCCCAAGGAAUUGGGAUAAAGUGACACUGGCGGACCGUAUGAACGCUUAG